CCAAAAGUGAUGGCCAAAAGAUUGUCACUAUCAUUUUUGGCAUCAUAUGAAAGGAACAGUUGUGCUAUAAAUGAUUUGUGUCGUACGUGCUUAUGUAAAACUGAUGAUGAAUACAUAUCCAUUACUUCGGUUAUACCGUGGACCCAAAGAGAAAGCUGCUCGGCACAGCAAAUGAUCGAACAAAUUUUAAAUCGAGAGUUGAACAAAACGAAGCCACAACCACAACGAAUCUGCUCAAAGUGUGUUAAGAAAAUUCGCACUAUUUAUUUAUUUCGUAAUCAAUGCAUCGAAUCCGACGAUAUAUUAACUCAAUUUCAUAAGCACAUAGAAAACCAACCACUUGACAAUGAACCGAAAGAUAUCCACAGCGAGUUUGAUUUUGACAUGGAUGAAAUCAUGUUUCCAGAGCAAAUUGAUGACAAAUUUUUGCCUGUUUUUGAUGCAGAAAUACUUAAGCUCGAAUCAAAUAUGUUGGAUGAAAUCAAACGAGAUUUAAAUAGGCCUCCAUCACCUGCGCCUGUACUACAGCAAUCAGUGCCACCGCAAUUACCACCAAAAAUAAUGCUACCACCGCCACCACCAAUACUACAGACGAAGGAACCCAAAAAAGAAAGUGCAGCUGCUGAACAACGUCCGCGAAGAAAAACGAAACGACCCAAUCAUUACAAUGACAUCGACAUGUAUGUUAAUCAAUUGCUUCGCAAAGACAUUAAAGCCAGUUUAAAGAGUUUCAAGAAAAAAUACAAAAAAGAGAAGCCAGAAGAGGAUUUCACCGAAUUAUGUGAACAAUGUGGAUUAACAUUUUCACAUUCGAGCGAGUACAAAAAGCACAUUCGUAGUCAUGAAGAUAAAUCCAAUCAAACGUUUAGAUUUCAAUGUAAAUUUUGUUUAAAGGGAUUUAAUCACAAGCAAACGUACAACAUUCAUCUCAAUAGUCACACACGAGAAAUUAAAUUCAUUUGUGACAUGUGUGGCAAAGAACUGGCAACGAAAAACAGUUUACGUAUACAUUUCAGAUAUCAUUUGGGAAUUAAAAAUCACAUUUGCCCUAAGUGUGGCCAUCGAUUUGUGACACCACGUGAACUACGCGACCAUGUUGAAAAGAAACAUGCAGCAGUUCGUGCCAUUGCUUGCACCUAUGCCGAUUGUGUGGAAACAUUUGAUUCGGAAUAUCGACUGAAUUUACAUUUACGCGUUCACGAAACGAACUAUGCAUUUAAGUGUGACAUUUGUGGUGUGGCAACCGUGAGCAAAUUUCGACUUGGCAUUCACAAAAAAAUCCAUACCGGCGAGAUGAUCAGGCAUUGCCCAAUUUGCCAAAAGAAAUUGGCACAUGACAAUGCACUUCGUAGACAUAUCAAAAAUGUUCAUGGCGAUAAGAACAAGGCACCAAAUGGAACUGUUGCGAAAACAAAACGCACAAUCACAUUAGACGGAAUUAUUCUCACGACAAGUCCAAUCCAAUGAGCCAAAUUUCAACGAUUUCAUUUUACAAACAACGAUAUGUAUUUUAUGUGUAUAAGAUAGUAGAUAUUAGAUUUGCCAAAUUUAGAAUUGAAUUCAGUAUUUUUUGAAACCCAUCAUUUUGUGAUUCCUUUAGUCCCUAAUUUCAUCACAUUUUGAAUACAAUCUCAUUCCUCUGCACGUAGUUCAUUCCCCCCGACCAGUCGCAUUUCGAUUUGAUUUAAGUUUUUCCUUCUCUGGUCAAUUUUAUGUGAGGAUAUUUGUAUUGGAUUUUUUCUGGUCUGUAGAACAGGCACACAUUUUGUGCAACAAAAUUA